UGUCCUUUAUUGUCACACAACUACACACUUCCUUCCUCGCGAAACAAGCGAACUCAUUGAUCUAAAGCCGGAGAUCUGGUGUACAGAAGAUGUUUUUGACAAGAUCGGAAUAUGACAGGGGAGUGAACACCUUUUCUCCUGAGGGAAGACUGUUCCAAGUGGAAUAUGCCAUUGAAGCAAUAAAGCUUGGGUCCACAGCCAUUGGCAUCCAGACAUCUGAGGGGGUGUGUCUGGCUGUGGAGAAGAGGAUCACCUCUCCUCUCAUGGAGCCCAGCAGCAUUGAGAAGAUUGUCGAGAUUGACACUCACAUUGGCUGUGCUAUGAGUGGCUUGAUUGCUGAUGCCAAGACCCUCAUCGACAAAGCCAGGGUGGAAACACAGAACCACUGGUUUACCUACAAUGAAACAAUGACUGUGGAGAGUGUAACCCAAGCCGUGUCUAACCUGGCCCUGCAGUUUGGAGAGGAGGAUGCAGACCCUGGAGCCAUGAGCCGGCCCUUCGGAGUGGCUCUCCUCUUUGGGGGUCUGGAUGAAAAGGGACCCCAGCUGUACCACAUGGACCCCUCUGGCACCUUUGUGCAGUGUGAUGCCCGGGCCAUCGGCUCCGCCUCUGAGGGAGCGCAGAGCUCUCUACAGGAGGUCUACCACAAGUCCAUGACGUUAAAAGAUGCCAUCAAGUCAUCCCUCACCAUCCUGAAGCAGGUGAUGGAAGAGAAGCUCAAUGCUACCAACAUCGAGCUGGCCACCAUAGAGCCAGGGAAGACCUUCCACAUGUACUCCAAGGAGGAGCUGGAGGAUGUGAUCAAGGACAUCUAGAGCACAGUGGGCCUCUGGGUGUAGUCUGGCCUCUAGAGAGGGAUCUGACCAGGGCAGAGGACAACCACACUGCUACAACUACAUUUCCCAUCAGCGCCAUGUCUCCCCACUGCUUUCAGAGCUUCCUGGUUCAGACAGGAGGCUUCUGAUUGUGAUGUCUUGUUAUUGUUCUUCUGUCUCUCAUACUGCAGGUUUCUACAGUUCUGUACAGGUGUCAGUCAGAUCAGUGCUUGGAGCUGAGUGACAUUAAAGGGGGGAGGGUAAUUUUUUGUUACGGAUCGAUGCCACAAUUAAACAAUUGUAUUCUGAAA